CUUUGGCUCUCAAGAUAUAAUAUAUUCUCUUUAAGUUAUAGAUAUAAAUUUGCUCUUCUUAACAGUUUCUCGAUCUCUUCUCACAAAUGGAGUCUCUGCAGUAUGGUUUGGAUCAAGGCAUGGAGAUUUUCAACGAUGAGCUUAUGAUCAUGUCGUUUUUGGAAGAUGAAUCGCCUGUCGAAAACCAUAGUAGCGUUAACGAAGAGGAAGAAGAGAAAUUAAACCGAGUCAUUAGAUCGCUAGAAGUUGAGAUCAACAUGAAUUCUCCGACGACGACCAUAGAAUCUCGGAAAACGGAUCUUCAACAGACAAAAUCCGGUCUUGAAGAUGAUUUCGGGUGGCUUAACGACUUUGAUAUUGGUGUGCUUUCGUCGCAAAAUGAUGAUGAGAUGAUGAAUUGGUGUACGGAACUUUCUUACAUGGAUAGUGUUGAGAUUGAAGGUGGUGAUUAUUAUUCUCAUAUUAACUAUGGACUUGCAUUUGAGGAACCAACUCUUUCUCUUUGGCAAGAGAAUAAUGAUGUAGUUAUGUAUUGAUUGAUUUUGUGAAUUCAUAAUAUAACAAAGGCUGUUUCAUAUCAGUUAAUUAACCUUUUACGUUCCUGUAUGUUGUAUGUAUUCGUAAAUGUUAUCUUAAUUAUUAAUUUAAUACAGAAAUAUAUUAUUA